AUGCCGGAAGAACCAACGAGCACCGUGAUUGUCCAGCCGCAAGCACCAGGCGAAGAAGUAGUCAUCUCUGGAAUGUCUGGACGUUUUCCAGACAGCUCCAGUGUCUUGCACUUUAAGGAAAAUUUGUUGAACAAGGUCGACAUGGUUUCAGGAGAUGAUAGACGUUGGUUUUUGGAUCAUCCUGAAAUUCCUCAAAGAACAGGAAAACUAUUAGAAAUCACUAAGUUCGAUGCAGAUUACUUUAAAAUAGAAGAUCAACAGGCCGACAGUAUGGAUCCUCUGGCUCGUAUUCUCCUGGAAGUUGCCGUGGAGACUUUGAUUGAUGCUGGUAUACAGCCAGAAGAAAUAAAAGGUUCUAGAACUGGUGUAAUUAUUGGCGCCUGCUUCAGUGAAUCCGAAAAAACUUGGAUUUACGACCUGCAGCACGGUUCUGGUAUUUUGGGCUGCAGCAGGUCCAUGCUGGCUAAUCGUGUCUCGAAUUGGCUCGAGUUAUCAGGCCCUUCUUAUUCUGUGGACAGUGCAUGCAGCAGCAGUUUGAUGGCUCUGGAGCAUGGAUACAGAGCUAUCAGGAAUGGUUAUUGCGACCAGGCUCUAAUUGGAGGUGCCAAUUUAUGUUUACAUCCAUUUGUGUCCUUACAAUUCUCAAGAUUGGGAGUACUAAAUCCGGACGGAAAAUGCAGGUGUUUUGACGAACGUGCCCGCGGUUACGCCCGCAGUGAAGGCGUUUCCUUCAUCCUCCUCCAACAGGCAAAAGAUGCAAAAAGAAUCUACGCACAACUUGUCCACGCCAAAUCAAAUUGUGAUGGUUACAAAGAACAAGGCAUCACUUUUCCAUCAGGAACAAUGCAAGCUAGACUUCUACGAGAAGCCUAUCAAGAAUGUGAGGUAGAUCCUAGAAAAGUCACAUUUAUGGAAGCUCAUGGAACUGGUACAAGAGUUGGAGAUCCAGAGGAGAUUAGAGCUUUAGAUGAGAUAUUCUGCACUGGUCGUGACAAACCUCUUCCCAUUGGAUCUGUGAAAUCUAACAUUGGACAUGGAGAACCGGCAUCAGGUAUAUCUUCUGUUGUCAAAGUGUGCAUAGCUAUGGAAACAGGAAAAAUUCCACCAAAUCUUCAUUUCGAAACACCUAAAAAGGAAUUGACUGCUAUUGUUGAAGGCAGAAUGCAAGUCGUGACUGAACCACAAGAUUUUGAUGGAGGGUAUGUUGGUAUUAACAGCUUUGGUUUUGGAGGUGCAAACGUGCACGUUUUAUUAAAAUCACCUGAAGAUCUUCUGGCUAGAAAACGCGUUGAGAAUAAUGUAUCAGAGCUUAAAAUUCCUUACCUGAUUUGUGUUUCUGGACGUACAAAAUCUGCAGUUGAUAUGCUCCUUGAUGGAAUUCAUCAGGAAUCUUCAAUUAUUUACCCAAAACCUGCCAAUACCGGUGAUGAAAUAAAUUUGGACGUUGUCCAACUCGUUCAAGCAGCUUUUAAGAACGGCGUUGAAGGGCAUGAUUAUCGUGGUUUUGUAGUUUUGGAUAAACGUGGUUACGAAAUAUCGCGAAGUGAUGCUAUGAUUGACAACGUGUCCAAAAAAGAAACUGUUUUUCUAUUCUCUGGGUAUGAUUAUAACCCUACUUUGGCUAGAGGUUUGCUUGUUUUCCCUGUAUUCCAAGAAGUGAUAGAACGUAGUAAUAAAUUUUUGGCUAAGUUCAGUAUUCAAUUGCUAAAGAUGGUUGAGGAUGUAGAUUUUGGAGCGUCCCGAAAUUUUGUAGAGAAGCACGUGGCUUCGACAGUUGUCCAGAUUGGCAUUGUACAACUUUUGAAAAGUUUAAAAGUUGAGCCUACUGUUAUAAUUGGACAAGGAGCUGGUGAAAUUCUGUGUGCUUUUACGGAUAAAUGUUUGACUCUGGAACAGACUUUGACGGCUGCCUAUUUGAGAUCUCGCAUUAUAGCUGAAUAUCGCCUACCAGCCCUCUACACUGCUGUUGUCCACCGGUCCAGUCUUAUAGUAUCAUCCCUUUUAACCGAAGGUGUCAGUGUCACAUGUCAUUUAACUCCUGAAUCAACAUUAGUCAGUGGUCACAAAAAGGAUGUAGCAGCCUUCCUCAAAUUUUUGGAUUCUAAAGGAAUCGAACACGACAACAUAUCUCAAGAAACCGUUGUUCCAUUCCAUAAUUCAGAGUUCAUGAAAGAACUUUCUGAUGAUUUGCUGAGGGCAUACCAGAGUACAAUGUUUGAAACGUUGGCAAGAUCUGAGAGAUGGGUAUCUACUUCUACAGAAAACGAAUACUCAACUCAUAACGCAUUGUAUCAUGUGAAUAGUUUAGUCAAUCCAAAUUUACUCCAGCAAGCUUUAUCCAAAGUUCCUGGAAAUUCGUACGUCUUUGAAAUCAACUCAUUCAUGCCACAAUUUAAAGGAGUUUUAGAAGAAACGAUUGAAUGCUUGACUUAUGCAAGUUUAUAUGUCAGAAGAGGUGAAGAAUGUGAUGUAGCUGGACAAUUUUUGGAAACUAUGGGAAAAUUGCAUUGUUUAGGCGAAAAAGUAGAUAUUAACCAGUUGUAUAGGCAUGAGUGGCCCGUGGGUAGAGGCACACCCAUGUUGUCCCAUUUGAUUGGAUGGGAUCACGGACGAGAUUGGUAUGUUACUUCCUACAAGACUUUGGAAAAAUUAGAAACAGGCGAAAGAUCAAUCUGCAUUUCCGCUUUUGAUCAAGAAAAUGAAUACUUGACCGGUCACGUUAUAGAUGGACGUAACUUAUUCCCUGCUACUGGUUAUUUAACUUUAGUAUGGGAAACAUUUGCUAUGAUGCGUGGUGAAAUCUUAACAGAAGUUCCUUGCAUUUUUGAGGACAUUCGAUUUUUGCGCGCUACCAAUGUUCCUAAAGAUGGCAAGAUUGAUUUUGAUAUUAUGAUUCAAAAAGGCACCGGAAAAUUCGAGGUUCUUGAAGGUGGAACUACCAUUGUAACUGGUACAAUUUACCACCCUGGUGUUAGGCAAACCAAGUUGCCUGAUUUGCCAGAAAGAGUUAUUAGAGACACUUUCCCAGAUUCUAUUCCAUUAGCUGCUAAAGAUGUUUAUAAAGAAUUGAGAUUGAGGGGAUAUAAUUACAGCGGUGCUUUCAAAGGUGUAGUAUCUUACGAUCAGCAAACUUGUGAUGGUCGCAUAUUAUGGGCCCAUAAUUGGGUCACAUUCAUGGACUGCAUGAUGCAGCUUCAAAUUCUUUGUGAAGAUACAAGAGGAUUGUUUGUACCUACUUCAAUCAGAAAAUUGAAAAUUGAUACACGUGCCCAUAUCCAUGCUAUUCAUGCUCUUGGAGAGGAUAGAACCUUCAAAGUUGAGCUGCAUCCAGAUAUAGGUGUUAUAAGAGCUGGCGGUGUUGAAAUUUGUGGUUUAAAAGCUAGUGCAAUUGCAAGAAAGAAGCCAGCAGGUGAACCAGUAUUAGAAAAGCACGUUUUUGUACCAAACCACUUGCAAACUGAUUGUGUUGAUGAUGCAGUGAGAUGCAUUGUGCAACAGAUUCUCGAAAAUAUUCCAAUAUUGAAAGUCAAAGCAUUUGAAUUAGUCGAUAAACUUCCCAAAGUACCCAAAAAGGAAGAAGGCGAUUCCAGCGAUCAACCAGAAAUUGAUUACUUGCAAGUUAAUUCUAUGGAAAUACCUUUAUCUCCAAUCUUAAGGUCUGCUUUAGAAGAUUUGCCACUAGUGCAAAGUGAUAUGACAAUUUGGACAGAAACUGCUAAUCCAUCAGAACAACAAAACGCAGAUUUAGGCGCUGGUGUUCACUUGUCAGAAGAUAAGAAGUUACCAGGAGAUGGUAAAAGUACAUUGUUGAUUGGUACAGCACUAUUAAAUAAGAAAGAGGACCUUGAAAAGGCAUUACCAACUCUGCGUGCAAAUGGUUAUGUUAUAUCACGAGAAGAUUUAUCAUUUUCCUUAGACGCAUCUGCGAUUUCGGCCAUUUGUCCAGGAUUAAAUCUAGUAGCAUCUUACAAAUUGCCGCACGAAAUAUUAUUAUUGUUACAAAGAAAAAUUCACAAGACUAAACCAUGGCAUGUUAUUAAAGUUGAUGAAAGUGAUGAUAAGUUUAGCUGGUUAGAAGAAUUAAAGUCUCAAAUUAAAAUAGCAGAUAGUAGAAUUUUAUUGCUAAAUGAGAAACAGAAUACUAAUGGUAUCAUGGGACUGGUGAAUUGUGUCAGAAAAGAGCCAGGUGGUGAUUUAGUUCGAUCUCUAGUAAUCAUUGAUCCAAAAGCACCAGCAUUUGAUCUUGAAUUAGAUCUAUACAGUAAACAAUUAGAUUUGGAUUUAGUAUCAAAUGUUUUCAAAGAUGGAUGCUGGGGAUCUUAUCGGCAUUUGCAAGUCAAGGAUUCCUUGGUUGAUAAAGGCCACAGUUAUGCCAAUGUUAUGACUAGAGGAGAUUUAUCAAGUAUGAGAUGGAUUGAAGGACCUUUGAAAUAUGGCACUGAAGAUACGGAAUCCAACGCCGGUAACUUAGUUCAUGUUUAUUAUUCAGCCCUGAACUUCAGAGAUAUCAUGACAGCAACUGGUAAAUUGGCUGCAGAAGUAGUUUCUCAUGGAAGACUUAACCAGAUGUGUGUACAAGGUUUAGAAUACGCAGGAAGAGAAGUCGAUGGCCGCAGAGUUAUGGGUUUGGUUGGAAGCGGUGCUUUGGCCACAAUUCUGGAUGUUGAUCCAAUUCUAUGCUGGGGCAUUCCAUCUCAUUGGACUUUACAGGAUGCAGCUACUGUCCCAGUAGUAUAUGCAACAGCUUACUAUGCUUUAGUAUUAGCUGGAAACAUGACUGCUGGUCAAACCUUGUUAAUUCAUGCAGGAAGUGGUGGUGUAGGUCAAGCUGCUAUCAACAUUGGUCUCCAUGCUGGAUGUAAAAUUAUCACUACUGUUGGAACUGAGGAAAAGAGACAGUUCUUGUUGGAUAGGUUCCCUGAAUUAGAUGAUCAAGACAUUGGCAAUUCCCGUGACACCAGUUUUGAACAACUUGUCAUGAGAAGAACUGGCGGUCGCGGAGUUGACAUUGUUUUGAACUCCUUGGCUGAAGAUAAACUUCUGGCUUCUUUGAGAUGCUUAGCUCCCCAUGGAAGAUUUUUGGAAAUCGGUAAAUUUGAUUUGGCAAGCGAUAACCCAUUGGGUCUAGGAACAUUUAUGAAUUGCAGUUCUUUCCAUGGAGUUACCUUGGAGCAUUUGUUUACUGCUGAGGCUUGGGAGAAACACAGAAUAGGAAAAAUGGUGAAUGAUGGUAUUGCAACAGGAGCUGUGCGACCUUUGUCAAGAACAGUAUUUGAUAGAGAUGAUGUUGAGCAAGCUUUCCGUUAUAUGGCAGCAGGAAAACAUAUUGGAAAGGUUCUGUUGAAAAUGCGUGAGGAAGAACCAGAAGAAGAUUUUGUGCCUGAAAAUAAACAAUGGCUGGCAAGUCCAAGAGUUUAUUGUGAACCUGACAAGAGUUAUGUGAUUGCUGGAGGUCUUGGAGGUUUUGGUUUAGAAUUGGCUGAUUGGCUUGCUCUUAGAGGUGCCAGACAUCUGGUUUUGAGUUCUCGGAAAGGACUUAAAUCAGGAUACCAGGCUUCUAGGGUUAGAGUAUGGCGCAGUUAUGGUAUUUCUGUUGAUAUAUGCACAGCUGAUAUCACUACACGAAAAGGCUGUUAUGAACUUUUGCAUAUGGCCUCGUCCAUUGCACCAGUUGCAGGCAUUUUCAAUUUAGCAGUAGUUCUUGAAGAUGCUAUUUUGGAAAAUCAAAAUGUUGAGAAAUUUACAGCAUCAUUUGCGCCGAAAGCUGUAGCUACAAAACAUUUGGAUGAACUUACAAGGGAAUUGUGUCCGUUAUUGAAAUAUUUCGUCGUCUUUUCAUCAGUUUCUUGUGGUAGAGGUAAUGCUGGUCAGUGCAACUACGGUAUGUCUAAUUCAGUGAUGGAACGAAUUUGCGAAAAUCGUCACAAGGCAGGAUUUCCAGCUUUAGCUAUACAAUGGGGAGCUGUCGGUGAAGUUGGAUUGGUUGCUGACAUGCAGGAUGACCAUAAAGAAUUGGAGAUUGGAGGAACAUUGCAACAAAGGAUUGGGAGCUGUUUAGAAGCGAUGGAUAUUCUAUUAGCUCAGUCUUAUCCUGUCGUAGCCUCUAUGGUUGUAGCUGAAAAACGAGCUACUGGAGCAGGUGGUGCUGGUGGCAUUGUGCCAACCGUUCUUAAUAUCCUUGGUUUAAGAGAUUUAAAAACCGUAAGUCCUCAUUCCUCAUUGGCUGAAUUGGGUAUGGAUUCUUUGAUGGCCGUAGAAAUCAAACAAGCCUUAGAACGAGAAUUUGAAGUUUUCCUAACACCACAAGAUAUUAGAUCUCUAACUUUUGCCCGGUUGCAAGAAUUAGCUACUGCUAGAGAUAUAUCUUCAGAACAAGCUGCUGAAGGAGAAACUCAAGCUGCAAAUCCCGCCGAGGUGGAUCCUAUGCGCGGAUUGCUCCUUCUCAUGGAAGGUGUGACUUCUGAAGAAGUAGCCAGUAUGCCCGUGGUUCAUCUGACAAGUCAGUGUGAAUCCGAGAAGCCUCUCGUGUUCAUAGUGCCAGGGAUUGAAGGAGCUGCAUCUGUCUUCAGAGCUCUUGCUAGUAGAUUGAAGGCAAGAGUAGAAUGUUUACAAUUAACAGUUCCUCAGAAAGGAAACAAUAUCAGAGAGAUGGGACAAGCGCUGUUGCCUUAUAUGUUGGACUUACAUAAGGAUCUUAACCAACCGCUCAACAUAGUAGCCUAUUCCUUCGGCACACUUCCAAUUUUAGAAGCCAUGCUAGAAUUAGAAGCUCGUGGCAUAAAUGUCAACUUAGUUCUUUUGGACGGUGCUCCUGCAGUAAUGAAAGGAUUGGUAGAUGUGCAUGUUGUUGGUGGUACAGCUGAUGAUGAUACAUAUUUGCAGAUUCAGGUGUUGCUUACAAUUCGUAGAAUUCUUUCACCUGGUAACAUGGAUGUCAUUCAGGAAACGUUGAUUAAAACUAAAACUUGGGAAGAGCGGGUAGUUGCAAUGACAGAUUCCAUUGAAGCGAACGAUGAGCAGAGAAGCAAAUAUUCUAAGACUUAUGUUAGGCAGCUGUGUGAAGCCAUGUUGGUGAGAUGCCGAUCAGCCAAAUACAACGACACAUCACGUUUGCGAGAACAAAAAAUCAAAUCUCGUGUAACUUUAGUUAAGCCAACUGUUCUUUCUAUGCGAGAUGCCGCAGAGAAUUAUGAUAUGGACGAAUUUCUGAUUCAAGAAAUGGAAAUUAAAGUAGUCGAAGGCAAUCACAGAACAAUGUUGGAUAAUCCCAAUUGUGCCGAUAUUGUGAAUGAUAUUUUAGGAUUUGGCGCAGAUUCCAAAGAAAGUUUUAAGGAAAAUGUUGGAGUUGAUAAGGAUACAAUGAAGGGAGUUAUGCAAAGUGAGAUAGAAGGACAGAAGAGAGUUGGAGUUAGUAUCCAGUAA